AUGAUGAAGCAAGAGCUUAUUGCUUACAGUGUUUCCUGGGAUCCUCUAAUGAAAGUACUGCAAGCUCUCGGUGCGUUCAUGGCUAAGCAGCAGCGAACGCAGCAGGGCAACGAUGCUGCCAUGAAGAAGAUGGAGGACCAGGUCGCUGCCCUUCGCGGUGAUCUGGCACGUGCUGAAGAUGAAAAGAAGGAGGCUGCAGCAGCGAUGGAAGCGAUGCAAAAUCAAGUCGGCGAGAUGCAGAACCAAUUGGAAGAAAUUCAAGGACUAGCGCCGAUAGAGGACCAAGAAGAGCAGCAGGGGCAGCAGGGCGCUACCGAUGACCAGGAUAAAUCUUCGGUAGAAGGGCCAGGUGGUGAAAAGGAUGGAUCGGGUGGAGUUUCUCCGACUGUAAAGUCUCCACGUUCUCCGCGAGCGAGCAGUAUAGGUAGACAGCCAUUCGUGACGGCAAAGGAGCUGGAUGAAGCCAAAAAGGAACUGCAAAAGGAAAUGAAGAGGGCUUUGGCUCACGCAUUUGGCCAAGAUUUCAUCGAUGAGGGUGACGAGAACGAAGACGGAGAAUAUACCCUGGACGGGAAUGGAACUGAGGGCGAGCCUGAUGCAGCUGGUGGAUCAACCGAUGGAUCGCCUCGAGGUCUUCAAUCCCGUCGAGCGACUGGGAAAUUUCAGCUUCCAGGCGCACCAUUUGCGUCCGCGGCGGAACUACAACAAGAAGUUGAAAAGCUGCAGGGGCUACAAGAUGCGCUUAACGCCAAAGUGGCUGAGCAUGAUCAGCUGCUAGAAGCGUUGAAUGGUCGAAUGGGUCAACUGAAUGCGCCGUCAUCAGGUCUAGACCCUGAAAAAGGUGCCAUGGGGGCCACCGGUGUGAAUGAGGCGCAGAAGAAUGAAAAGAAUGUGAAGCAGGAAGAUUUUGCAGCAACCACGAACGACAUUUUGAACGAGUUGAAAGAGCUGAAGGCUGUGCAGGAUGAACACGACCAGAAACUACGAGAUCACGACGAGGCGGUUGAAAAACACACAGCAGAUAUCAAGGCUCUUGCCGAUAGUCUGGAUGAUUUGAGUGUGCAGCAGCAGACUGUUGCGUCAAUGUAUGCGACUGGUGGAUCUGUGAGUGGGGGAACAGAAGAUGGAAGUGCGAAGGAAAAUGCAUCGACCGAGGGUUCCGGAAAAUCUGACAAAAAUGAAAGACAAGCUGGUAAACCUGUCGAGGCCAUCUCCCAACCGCACUUGGAUCUCUCGCUUGUUUUCACGAAGCUAGCGGACCUACGGCGGUCCACUGACGCAUCGCUAAACUCGCUACAGCAAAGUAUAAAGGGGGUUUCAGGGACCACCCAGAGCCAGCAAGAGCAGUUGGAUGCACUGCGCAACAACGUGGUAUUCAAUGAGCACCUGCAGGCUCACUUGGUGGAAGCUCGCUUGACAAUGCAGAAGGAGCUCCUGGCACGAAACCAAACAUUCCAGGAUCGCAUCAAGCCGCAGCUUGUUGAGUGGCGCAAGGCUCUUGAACUGACGGAGGACAAACUCUUACAGGGAAACUGCGACGACGAAACACUGCACGCGCUGCAGCAGAUGCAGCGCUGCUACCACCGAACGCUACUUUCAAUAGCCCCGCUCGUCAACUCCCCGUUGAGUAUUGCGGAGACACUGCAGACGCUCUCAGACGAAGUAAAGCAGCUUCAAAAUGCAGUUCGUUUGGGGGUGGUCCCGUUGCGGGUUACCGAUUACAAUAACGCUAACGAGAAUUCCGAGGGUGAGCCUAACAAGGAAGACCGUGAAGAGGAAUACACACGCAAACUGCGGUACCUGGAUGAAGAGAUCGACGCGACUCUGCAGGUAAAUAUCACGACGGAGAAGAAGAAUGACCCGCUGAUCAAGGGGCUCGAUGCGAUGCGCGAAAAGCUUGAACUAUUGUGGUCAAUGUGGCACCGGAACUUCAACGCUGAGCGUGGUCAACCCAGUGGUGGUUCACCUGCAAGUGGUGACUUAAGCGCUAGUGCCAAUGCUGGUGCUGACACCCAUGCUGCACACGACGAACGUCGACACAGCUUCCACCAGCGUAACCCCGAAAGUUUACGAGAGAUGGAGCUUCGCCUCAGCGGUGCAGUCCGACGCCUUGCGAUGGUCGAAGAAGACAUUGAGCGAUUGAACUCUUUGACUGCUCACCUCAAUGCAUCGGACACAAGCUUUAGCAACGCUGGUACAGACGGAACCGCACCUGUUGUCAGUCGGCGCGCGCCUUCCACCAACAACUUGCGGACAGAGCUUGUCGUGGAGGAAAUCGAGAAGUUGCGCAAGGAAAUGUACGCGGAGAUUGCCAAACUCUCGACACAAUCGCUCGGCGAUGGCAACGGAGGCAGCCUCAAUAACAGCAUCAGCAGCAGCAGUCUCGUCUCCGUGGACCGACGUAGCAUGGUAGAGGCUGCAGCCAAGCAGGGCGACGUGCUAACGGAUCUCUACUCGCAAAUGACGGGACGCGAGCUCGACACCAGACUCUACAACUCAGCCGAAGGCCAGAAGCAGUUUUAUGACAACUUCAUCAAGGAAGUUACCAAGAAGGUGUCCGCGAUCAUCAAUGCCGACAAGGGCGGACCGCGCGGGCCUGGCAUCGGCGGCGCGGCCAACGCCAAUGUCAACUAUCGAUUGCUGUUGGACAACUUUGCGCAGAAGGUGGACGAUCGGCUUGAGGACGCUCGUGAGUUUACAACCGAAGAGUUGGCUCGACUCAGAAGAGAGUUGAUGGAACAGCUGAAGAUUCGCUUUGAGGACUACGAACGCCCAGACGACGAGUUUGUGUUCCGUGCUGGGUUCAAGAUGCCCGCAAACGACAGGAAAAUAUUAACUCUACCCUUCCUGACGACUGCCAUGCGCAACAAAAUGGUGCUCAACAAACCGGAGGGGAAAAGGAAGCGGCCACCGCGUCAAAGUCAUCUCAACCGUGUCGAUAACGUUGUCCGAGAGGCUAUGGAACUCGAUCGCGCUUCUCGAGGACGCGCCUACGACGCGCAGUAG